AUGUCUUACAACCAGGAGAAUGGCUGGACGGGCCAGGUCACUCCCGAGUCCGACUACAAGCUCUACCGCGGACUUGGCUUCAACAUUUUCCGCUACAGCUUCUCAUGGAACUUGCUCCAACCCGAUGUCACUCAAAGCUGGAACGACGAAUACUACGGUGCUAUGCUCGCGAAUGUCACAAGCAUGCUGAAGGACGCCAACGUCUGGGUCAUCCUCGACUGCCAUGACUUCGGCCGGCACAAGAACAGCUUCAUUGGCGAGGACGCUGGCGCUCCGGCUGACGGGCUCGCGACCAUGUGGGCUACGAUUGCGUCCUACUUCAAGAACGAGUCGCGUGUGGCUUUUGGCAUCAUGAACGAGCCUGAGGACCGGGCUGAUACUCUUGCCGUUACAGACUACCUGCAAAGGUCGAUCGCAGCCAUCCGAGAUGCCGGAGCAACUUCUCAAUACAUUUUCCUCCCAAGCAAGGAGUAUCAAGGAAUGUCGACGUGGCUCAAGUACUCCAACUACACACUCAGCAUCACUGACCCGAGUGAUUUGCUGAUCUACGACAUACACAGCUACCUCGAUCACAGCAUGGGCGGGGUUGAGGAGUGUGAGGAUUUCAACACCACACGGCGCGACAUGUACACAGAUGUGACGAACGCUCUUCGCAGUCACAACAAAACGGCCUUCCUCAGCGAGAUCGGCGGCCUUGCGACGCUGACUUGUGUCAGAGCUGUCAAUGAAGCGUUGGCUUUUCUAGACCUUCACAGCGACGUGUGGGCAGGUUGGACGGCCUGGGGCCCCGAACAAGUCCAACCUGACCCACGCGAGCCAGACAAGAAGAGCAGCGCGACGGCGUGGUUCAUGGACUGCGCAGAGGGAGACCUUCUUCAUUGGGCGUUUCUGCGACGUGGGUCUGUGGGCAUUGCGAGGGCGGGCAACUCCUCUUGCUCUCCGAUCAGGGACAGUCUUGGUCGGCCUGUCAAUGCAGCAGCAAGCAGCGUGGGGCUGCCAAGUGCAGUCGCUGCGUCUGAGCCGCCUUUGCCGUCGACUACAGCAGCGAUGGCUGUCUGUACUUCAGCGUCCGCAAACUCGAGCUCCUCUGCGUCGCUGAGUAUGUGCACAUGUGUACUUUUUCUGCUCGCUCUGCUUGCAACCGUCAUCGCAUCGAAUUAA